GAACAUCCCAUUUCAAUCCCAGGGCAGAAGACAGAUAUAGAGCUUACCGAUAUUUGGGAUUGAGAUGGCAAAGUUUCAAUCACUUUCUAUAGCAUUUUUGGUCUGUGUGAUUGCUUGUAAUCACAUCGUAGUUGAUGCCGAUAUUUCAAAGAACAUGGUCCUAAGCUGGGGAAAUCCUCAGUCCAAAAUAGUAGGGGAUAGCCUUGAGCUUGUUUUGGACAAAAUUUCAGGCUCGGGAACAAAGUCGAAGAGGACUUUCUUAUUUGGAAGCUUUGAAGCUCUCAUCAAGUUGGUUCCAGGGAAUUCUGCUGGAGUAGUUACGGCGUAUUAUCUAACUUCUACAGGGACAAAGCAUGAUGAGAUAGAUUACGAAUUUUUGGGGAAUGUUACAGGACAGCCUUACACCAUUCAUACAAAUAUAUACACUCAGGGUGUUGGAAACAGAGAGCAGCAGUUUCGAGUGUGGUUUGAUCCUACUGCUGAUUACCACAAUUACACCAUUCACUGGAAUCCUAAUACUGUUGUGUGGUAUAUCGAUGGCGUCCCAAUUAGAGUUUUCCGAAACUAUGAGAAGCAAGGUAUAGCUUACCCUAACAAGCAAGGUAUGAGAGUACAUGCCAGUUUGUGGAAUGCAGAUGAUUGGGCAACUCAAGGAGGUCGUGUGAAAGCAAACUGGACCAACGCACCAUUCAUUGCUGGAAUGCGCCGAUUCAGACCAAGAGCUUGUUACUGGAAUGGAGCAGUCAGCAUUAGCCAAUGUGCCACCAAGUCCCCAGCAAACUGGUGGACUUCCCCAUUUUAUGCACAGCUAAAUGCAGCUCAAUUGGUUAAGCUUGGUGAAAUCCGGGAGAAAUACAUGAUAUAUGAUUACUGCAGAGACACUAAUCGGUUCAACGGGCAAAUGCCACCAGAAUGUUUUAGACCUCAGUUCUAACACAAAGACGAGUAAAGCUAAUUCAGUGUUCAGAACAGCAUUACCGCCAACAAUAAUAUUAUUGCACUCCAUUGUUUUUCGGAAAUGUUAAUUUUUCUUCUCUGGGAGAAGAUUUCUCCUUUUCUUACUCGGUUCCUGUUUGUGAGCUCAAAGCUUUAUGAUAGAUGUGAUAAUGUGUCUACCUGUGUUUGAAAAUGAUUUACAUGUUUCAUAUAGAACUUCUUUUCCCAUUGUUUUAUCUGUAUAGGGUUUGUACGGAGGAGCUCUAAAGUAUAAGUAAACAGAAAAAAAACCGAUUUGUAAAAUAUAAGUGCGCAAAAGUAUUCUGCCUUAACGGCAAAGAAAACAAGCCAUGCAAAUAAGUCAAGAGAGGCAAAGAAAGGAACUAUUUGAUACUUCACAUUUUCGUACAGAUUGAAACAGAAAGUGGUUCAUUUUUUACAUUUUAGACAGAGCUGUGAUUGGAAAAAGCAUAUUUUGAAGGCUUAACCAGAAAGAAACAAAUGCAUUCUUUUGCAGUUAGCUGUACGAUACAGGAAACUCGGGUCAAAAAAAUCAACUUUUUUUUUCAAAUAAGAAACAAUUUCAUUGAUGUAUGAAAUUACAUUAUUGGCCCAUAAGAGGGCUUACAAAAAAUUUUUCCAGCUGAACAUAAGAGAAGAAAAGCUAUAGUUGUGGAAAAUAGGAGCAUCUACACCAAUAGAUAACCAAAAAAACUAUAGCUUCAAAAAUGCGAUUGAAUGAGAGCUUGAUUCCAUUGAGGUUGCACUGGUUCUUCUUCUUCUCUCUCCACGUUAGCCAUAAGAAGGCUCUAACAAAAUUCAUCCAUAGGAGUUUCUUUUGGUUAUUUUUUAUGCCUCUAGACGUUGAGGAAAAGAAAUAGUCACAGGAUCAACUAUCUUUCAUUCAGAAUUUUGUCCAUGGAUGUUUAGAAGGCCAGCUUGUGAAACUGUUCAAAACACCCAAUGGUCAAGGUGAUGCGAGCGACUCCUAUUCAAACUGAGCCCAAUGGCCAACUUGCACCUAUCUGUGCUCUUACAAACGCCUAACCCAAUCAUUGACUAAGAUAUAAUCGUGCACCCAUAGUGCAAGACAAGCGAGUUGGGUCGGGAAGGAGUUUGACUGUUGAGACAGGAUCGAAUUCAUUCUCCUCAAAAGCAUUCCACCAUGAAUAAUGGGCUGGAUAAACAGUUGACAUAGGAACUCCUAUAUAUCUAUAGGAUGGGCUGCAGUUAACCAUCUCGAAAGAGCUUUCAAUCGUUCUACUUCUUAUGCAAUUAGAGUAGUGUAAGUUUCUCUACCUA